GGGACCUACAUAGGCUAUACUUCCUGGUAGUGUUUGAAGUACAUUCUUUUCAACCAUCAUUUUUGCAGCAGCGUAUUAGUAUCGGUGUUUUAACAGCACUGCCUGGCCACUCCCGUUAUGGCGGGAGGGACUAUCGCCCUGAUCACCCUCCUUCUGUCACUUUCACAGUCCGAACUAUCCCUGGUAAAUUUGUCGCUGAGACGCCAAACUGCUUCGUCAGAUUUUCGAGAGGGAAGGGGGCCUUCUAGUUUAGUUGUUGACGGAAACAAUUCCGACAAGUUGAAUGAUCCCAAUAAUUCCUCCAUUCCACAAUGCCUCUACACUAUAAAAGAUCAGAAAACGGCCUUCUGGCAGGUCGACCUGGACCAAACAGUCGUACUGGAUCACGUGAAGGUCAUCUCUAGGAGAGGAGGAUCAGGACAGCUUACACAUCAAAGACGUCGGAACGGCUACUCCAUCCUUGUGUCAAGGUCGUCUACAUACCUACCCAUGACACCUAACAACACCUGUUAUAGUGAUACGGACCCUAGUCUGAGUGUCAGAAACAACGAAACCCAGUGGUGUAGUAACAUAGGCAGUUAUGUCACUAUCUACAACCAAAGGAAUACCCUCUCGGGGAGAACCUAUAGUAGAAAUGCUGUUCUGGAAUUAUGUGAGGUCAUGGUCAUGGGUUGUCCAAUACACAAACAUGGAGAUAACUGUAUGGAAAACUGCCCUCAAAACUGUUACGAAAAUAUGUGUUUCCCUAGAAAUGGAACUUGUAUGAAAGGUUGUCUGCCGGGUUACAAAGGAUCUACAUGUCAAGAGGAGUGUCCUGACUACUACUACGGAGCUCGCUGUGCUAGUGUAUGUAACUGUAAAGAAUGGCCGUGUGAUGUCAGGUUUGGUAUGUGUCCCCCGGGAGGAUGUGAACCUGGGUACAAAGGAUUAGAAUGCAGUAAAGGUCGAUUUCAAGGGAAGUAA